AUGGCCCCAGCCAAUGUCCCACUCGAUCCGCUUCUCCAAGACCUCGGAACCCAGCAAGCCGAAAGCCAACCAAGCCAACCGAGCCAAACUACCGUUGGAGCGAGUCAAACCGAAGUAGAAGAGGUCGGAACUAAGAGAUCGGCUAGCUAUUCUGAGAAUGAGGACGUCCAGCUAUGUCGAUCGUGGAUUGCGAUAUCGGAGGAUCCUUUGGUCGGUACUCAUCAGGACGGCACAACCUUUUGGAAACGAGUCCACCAUUCCUACUCCAAAAAUCUCCCAGAAUCUCGUCGAACUGCGGGGAGUUUGAAGGCUCACUGGGUUGCGUUGCAGAAGCCCAUCAGCAAGUUCCGAGCCUUUGUUAACCAAGUCGAGCAAUUUGGCGAAAGUGGAGCAUCGGCUGAAGAUUGCCUGAACCGAGCUCUUGAGCUCUUCUCCCAGGACCAGAAGGUCUCGUUCAAGUACCUCCGCGUUUACAACAUACUCGUCAAGGUCCCCAAAUGGAACUCGUAUACGGACGAAAACACCAAAAAAAAUCAACUACCGAUUCAGAAAAAACGAGCUAGAAGCCCUAGUAGCGACGCGCCAGCCUCCACCGCUUUGACGUCCGAGCCCGUUUCUGAUGCGGAAGCCAACUCAACCGAUACAUCAUCCAUUCAACAUCCAAUGGGUAAGAAGAAAGCCAAACUCCUCCACGAACUCGCUGACAAGGAAGACAGCUGGAAAGGUAUCAUCGCGCGCGCUCACGAGUCGGUGGCAAAAGAAUCAAAGCGCCAGAACGACAUCUUCGAUAAGGAAGCUCAGUCCUUGAACGAGAUGGCUCAGACCAGCAAAACCAACACCCAGGUAUCAAUCAUGGACAAGGAUCUGUCCAAUCUCGAUGACGACUCAAAAGAGUAUUUUAGAUUAAAAAAAAAGGGAAUCUUAGCCUCUCUUCGCUCAAAUACUUCAUCUUCAUCUUAG